AUGAAGCUCUUCACCAUUUUUCUUAUCACCGUUCUUCUCCUGCAGGCUUUUGCAGAGGCUUCGCCAUUCAGUGAUGCUGCAAAUUCUACCACAAAUACGGAGGAAGGAAAUUACGCAGUGGUAGCUCUUAGUAAGAAGGUGCAUCAUCUUCCCAAAAUCAAUUGCGACUAUGCAUGCUCGAGGAGAUGCAGGAAGACAUCAAGAAAGAAGAUAUGCAAGCGAGCAUGCAAAUCUUGUUGCAAGAGAUGCCACUGCGUUCCACCAGGCACCUAUGGGAACAAGAAAGCAUGCCCAUGUUAUGCAAAACUCAAGACACAUGGAAACAAGCCUAAGUGCCCUUAA